CUGUAUAGCUUGAGCUAGAACUGACUGACUGACUGAUUACUAGAUGAAGGUCACAAUGGGAUAGUUUUACAGUCACCAGGUAAGACAAUAAUAUAAACGAUUUAGUUAACAAGGGAUAUUGCUAAUAUUAUUACACGUGCUAUAUCAAACCGGUAAAGUGGUGCCAAAACCAAAAGCUGGUGCCGUUUUCUGCAAUUCAGGGAAUAUUUUAUUUAUAUAAUCUAUGGGUGUAUUACUAAAAGUGAUACAUGCCUAUUUUUGUUUUAUAUCUGCCCUUGUAGUACCUAUGAACCUAAAAUAAAGUUUUAAUCAAUUGAAUAUAUGUCAAAUUCAUCAAAUGCUGUCACAAUUUCUCCAAUCCCUGACGUGUCAAAUUUCAAAUAGCUUAUUAAUUGUAUAUUAAACAGAGGAAAAAGGUAAGUCAAUUCUAACAAUGGAGUAGCUUGAAGAAAAGAUUUUGACUGAUAAAUGCAAUUUUAAAUAACAAGCAGCAUUGUUCUUAACAUUCUUCUCCAUAUAAUCUUCUCAGUAAAUGACAAUGAUUUCACUGGCCACUGUGAUCUGGUGUUAUAGAACCUCUCUCUGUCUCUCUCUCUCUCCUUCCUUCACACCCUCCAUCACCAUCACAACGCGCCUCCCUCACUGUCUGCCCGGGUCGGUGCACGAGUGGCUGCUGCUGCGCCGAACCCCACGCAGUCCCGCCGGUCGCCAGUGUGCGCUGCCCGGCCGGCCGAACAUGGCGGCGGCCCCGGAGGACAAAGUAGACCGCAGACCGAUCCGGAGGGUCCGGUCCAAGAGUGACACGCCUUACAUCAACGAGGCGAGGAUCUCUCUCCACCUGGAGACAGCCGAGGAAGUGGAGAGGUUGACAGCGAUGCGCUCCGAUUCGCUGGUUCCAGGCACACACACGCCUCCCAUUCGGCGGCGGAGCAAAUUGGCCACUCUGGGACGUCUAUUUAAGCCCUGGAAAUGGAGGAAGAAGAAGAGUGAAAAGUUCAAGCAGACCUCAGCCGUGUUGGAGAGGAAAAUGUCCACUCGCCAGAGCAGAGAGGAGCUAAUUAAGAAAGGAGUGCUCAAGGAGGAAUAUGAGAAAGAGGGCUCUUCCUCGGCUCUACUCCAGGACGAGAAGAUGGAGAACGGGCCCUCUCCGGCGCUCGACUCCAGCCCGUCAGAGUCUGAAGGUACUGAGUUGAUGGAAGGAGCCACUGCAGCUGUAGGCUCUCUGAAGUUUCAGAUGCUGAAAGAGGGUGCAUGUCAACAGGACCAAGGCCAAAAACCCACAAAGAAAUCUCCAGUGUAUGGGGCCGAUGGCGCCGAGUCAGCGCUCUCCAGACCUCCUACGCUACACAAAACACCCCCUGCACUGCCGCCCAAGCCCUUCAACAGGCUACCCAAUCACAUCGCAGACGGUGCCCCGGUGAAGUUGCCAUGUAUGUCUGCGAAGCUCUCUCCUCCUCUACCUCCAAAGAAGCUAAUGAUCUCCAUAGCCGCAGGGAGCACGGAGCCGUCAUCACUCGCCUUCCAGAAGUGCCACGCUCCAACGGGCGGGCACUCCCUGCAGUACGGGGUGCUACCCCUCCACCCCCCCAGCCGAAUCAUAGAGGAGCUCAACAAGACCCUCGCCCUCACUAUGCAGAGGUUUGAGAGCACCUUGAUGCACACGGUUCCCACGGUGAUGAAUGACUGUAACAACGACAAAGAGAACCUCCCUCUGGGGGCAGACUACGAGGACCUCCCUGAGGAAGAGGAGGAGGAGGAAGAGGAUGAAGAAGAAGAAGAUGACGAGGAGGAAGAGGAGGAAGAAGACGAUGAUGACGAUGAGGAGGAAGAUGAUGAUACAUUCUUUACAAGCACGCUGGCGAUGAAGGUUUUACGAAAGGACUCGCUAGCCAUCAAGCUGAGUAACCGUCCAUCGAUGAGGGAUCUGGAGGACAAAAACAUCCUGCCGAUGCAGUCGGACCAGGAGAGAUUUGAGUCGCGGCAGCAAACCGCCACCAAGCUGACCAGGCGAUUGAGUCAGCGGCCGACAGCAGAGGAACUGGAGCAGAGGAACAUACUCAAACCUCGAAACGAUGUGGAGGAACAGGAGAAGAGGGAGAUCAAGAGACAUCUGUCCAAAAAGCUCAGCCAGAGGCCCACAGUGGAGGAACUGAGGGAGGCCAAGAUCCUCAUCCGCUUCAGUGACUACGUGGAGGUGGCCGAGGCUCAGGACUACGACCGGAGAGCCGACAAGCCGUGGACUCGACUAACAGCUGCUGACAAGGCUGCCAUCAGGAAGGAGUUAAAUGAGUUUAAGAGCACAGAGAUGGAGGUGCAUGAGUCGAGCCGUCAUUUCACCAGGUUUCAUCGACCAUGAGAUGGACGUGUAAGAAAGUCGGCCAUGCUUUUAUUCUCCCACGCAGGCCUCCAUCGGUCCGACUGUGACCUUUUCCAGCGUCGACCUCAAGCUGAUGGCCGGGUUGGAACACGUGUACGAGGCCGUCACGGGAAACACUAGCAGACACUUUUGAAAUUCAAAUGGAUUCAACUCUGAACCCAGAAUCCCCCCUCAGUGGCGAUUUGACACACAUCUCAAUGUCUACAUGCACUUUUAUUUAUUUUUCAAGCUGAAUGAGGCAAUGUGGGGUUUUUUGCAGCACUUUUUGGAACACUGCUUUAGUCACACAGAAUAUGUGCCAAGUUUGAGGAAGGCAAACCAAAGGCGAUGAAGAUGGGACUUUAUUUCACACAGGGAUUGUUUUCUUGCCUUUCAAAAUAUUCUUUUCUGUGCUCUUUCAACUGGACUUGAUCUUUCCUUAGGGAGCUUCUUGUGUUGGCACAGUGUUACUCCAUAGAUGACAUCCAGAUCAUUUCUCAAUGACUAAAAAUGGCAGCUGAAUCUUAAGCCUAAAGUCCCAAAACGCACCCAGCAAGCUAGAAAGUGAUAAUUGAGAACACACACACAUAUUAAACAACUGAGCAAUAAUUCAAGAUUUCUUUUGAUUUGCAUGUAUCUGUGCCCUAAAUUCAAGAGCUCAAAACACCCUGGAUUUCAGAUCUCUGUUUUAAACCACAUCAGUCUCAAUCUUGGAUGCAUCUCAUUCACUUCUGGUGGGAGUUACUGAACCCACGGUGCCACUCUGCCUUCACUAUGAUUUACAGGGAUGUCAAAGUUGCCAAAUGAUAUUGUUCGAUACAGAUCUGUGGACACAGCAUCACGUUACCGGACUCUCAGCAAAAUUAAAGUGUGGAUUUGCAUUCCAUUUUUUUUUAAUUGUUGGUACACAAUCCCUGACCUUAACUUUAUUUAUUCUUUACAGUCCUUGUUAGGUACAUAAAUCUGACCAUAUUAUUGGGACAGCUGGUUGAUCUGUUGUGUGUUAUGACCGUUUGUAUGUACAAGCGUCGGUAUUAUUACUGUCUCUUGUAUGUUUAAAAAUGUUUUGAAAAAUGUUCUCAGAAUUAUAAUACUUGUACAUAACAAAGGAAGUAAGCAAGACUUUUCAAAUGUUUUUUGUAAAGCAGAAAAACUGCAUGUGGGUAUUAAGUUAUUGUGAGUCUAUGAUGCAAGUUUCUUGAAGAAAGAAACUCAUAAAAAUAAUAAUAAGUUAAUGCUUCUG